CAGAUCCUGAACAUCGGGGACGUGAGCGCGUGGAUGAAGACGGACCUGCGACAGGAGGAGGACGGGUUCAUGGCGCGCAGCAUCCUCUGUAUGCCCAUCGUCAACGGACAGAAGACGGUCAUCGGCGUCGCGCAGCUCAUCAACAAGGCAAACGGAUCGCCCUUCACGGAUUGCGACGUGUCCAUUUUCGAAGCUUUUGCGAUAUUUUGCGGACUGGGCAUUCACAACACCCAGAUGUAUGAAAAUGCAUGUAAGCUGAUGGCGAAACAGAAGGUGGCGCUCGAAUGCCUAUCUUACCACGCGACCGCCUCCGCGGAAGACACGUCCAAGUUGCAACUUGACACCAUCCCAUCGGCUGAGACGUACAAUUUAUACAGUUUCAAAUUCAUCGAUUUUGAUCUCUCGGAUGAAGAUACGUGCCGGGCAACAAUUCGUAUGUUCCUACAGUGCAAUCUCGUGAAGCAAUUUCAUAUACCUUAUGAUGUGCUAUGCCGUUGGGUGCUGAGCGUCAAGAAGAACUACCGCCCCGUCAAGUACCACAACUGGAGGCACGCCCUGAACGUGGCGCAAACCAUGUUCGCGAUGCUCAAGACCGGCAAGAUGGAGCGCUUCAUGACGGACCUCGAAAUCCUUGGCUUGCUGGUCGCCUGCCUGUGCCACGACUUAGACCAUCGAGGAACCAAUAAUGCGUUUCAAACCAAAACAGAAUCUCCUUUAGCAAUACUGUACACCACAAGUACUAUGGAGCAUCAUCAUUUUGAUCAGUGCGUGAUGAUUCUAAAUAGUGAAGGGAACAAUAUAUUCCAGUCGUUGUCCACAGAAGAUUAUCGUUAUGUUAUGAAAACGGUUGAAAAUGCAAUAAUCUCCACUGACUUGGCAAUGUAUUUUAAGAAGAAAAGUAGUUUUAUGGAGCUAGUUGAAGACGGAGAAUUCGACUGGCAAAUGUUGUGUGGAAUGAUGAUGACCGCCUGUGAUGUAAGUGCAAUAGCAAAACCCUGGGAAGUUCAGCACAAAGUAGCGAAACUGGUAGCGGAUGAGUUCUUUGAUCAAGGUGAUCUCGAAAAGUUGCAACUCAAUCAGCAACCAGUGGCAAUGAUGGAUAGAGAACGAAAAGACGAACUUCCACAGAUGCAAGUUGGCUUCAUUGAUGUUAUCUGUCUUCCGCUUUACAAAGUUCUCUCGGAAACAUUCCCUUGGAUCAAGCCACUGUAUGAUGGCUGUCUUGAAAAUAAGCAGCAUUGGCAAGAUUUGGCGGAAAAAGUAGAGAUGGGUCUUACUUGGAUAGAUCACGAUACCAUUGAUAAACCUGUGGAAGAAUUUUCAAAAGGUGCAGAAGAAGAUAUCGAGUUCACUGUCACGACACUGAACUGUCCGGAAAAGAAG